AUGGAGACGCCUGCUAUGGAAACGGCUCCUGCUAUGGAGACGCCUGCGAUGGAGACGCCUGCUAUGGAGACGCCUGCUAAGGAGACGCCUGCUAUGGAGACGCCUGCUAAGGAGACUCCUGCUAUGGAGACGCCUGCUAUGAAAACAGCCACUAUGGAGACGGCUCCUGCUAUGGAGACGCCUGCUAUGGAAACGGCUCCUGCUAUGGAGACGCCUGCUAUGGAAACAGCCACUAUGGAGACGGCUCCUGCUAUGGAGACGCCUGCUAUGGAAACGGCUCCUGCUAUGGAGACGACUCCUCUAUGGAGACGACUACUGAUACAGCAUGUUCGAUGA